AGGUCUACCGUGCUCCGUGCUUCCCCGCACUGCGCCCCAACUGGGCCAGCUUAUGAAGUUCCUGGGGACAUUCAAUCCCACAUCACGAACGUUUGCAGAUACUCUCCAGCGCCGCGGCCAUCCUAGGUUUGGCCCAGUGUCCUCUCAUUGGGGAUGUACGGGGACACAAAGGAAAGACAGUCCGGAGACGUCCUCUCCCGGCCUUGUGGGCCUUAGCCGGUCUGAUCCCGCGCGUAGACCUCGGCGACGACGGCCACGCGUGGACCAGGGUUAGAGAGCCACAGACGGGCUCACUGCCCAGCACGCAGUCUUCGCGGUCCAGCUGGCGCCGGCGCGGGCGAAGAGUCCAAAUAAGGGAGAGAAGCCAUGAUGACCAGCUCCCCAUUCCUGGAUCCCUGGCAGUCCAAGGCCGUGUCCAUCCGUGGGAGCCUGGGCCUUGGGGACCAUCCCAAUGACUCCUACUGCUACAGCUCAGCCAAAAACAGCACUGUACUUCAGGGGGUCACCUUCGGAGGUGUCCCCACUGUCCUGCUCAUAGAUGUCAUCUGCUUUCUGUUUUUAGUCCUUGUAUUUUCCAUCAUAAGGAGAAGAUUCUGGGAUUAUGGCCGCAUAGCACUGGUAUCAGAAGCAGGCAGUGAAGCCAGAUUCCAGAGGUCAUCAUCUUCUUCCUCAGGGCAACAAGACUUUGAAAAUGAACUGGGAUGCUGCCCUUGGCUGACUGCCAUCUUCCGCCUGCAUGACGACCAGAUCCUGGAGUGGUGUGGCGAGGACGCCAUCCACUACCUGUCCUUCCAGAGACACAUCAUCUUCCUGCUGGUGGUGGUCAGCUUCUUGUCCCUGUGUGUCAUCUUGCCUGUCAACCUCUCAGGAGACUUGCUGGAUAAAGACCCUUACAGCUUUGGGAGGACAACAAUAGCAAACCUGCAGACCAACAAUGACCUCCUUUGGCUGCACACCGUCUUCUCCGUCAUCUACCUCCUCCUCACUGUGGCCUUUAUGUGGCACCACACACGGUCCAUCAGAUACAAAGAAGAGAGCCUGGUGAGACAGACGCUGUUCAUCACAGGACUCCCCAGAGAAGCCAGAAAGGAGGCUGUGGAGAGCCAUUUCCGGGAUGCGUAUCCCACGUGUGAGGUGAUGGAUGUCCAGCUGUGCUACAGCGUGGCUAAGCUGAUGGACCUGUGCAGGGAGAGGAGGAAGGUGGAGAAGAGCCUCGCCUAUUAUACAAACCUGCAGGCGAAGACGGGCAGACUGACCCUCAUCAACCCCAAGACUUGUGGCCAGUUCUGCUGCUGCCAAGUGCGGGGCUGUGAGCCGGAAGAUGCUGUCUCUUAUUACACCCAAAUGAAUGACAGUCUGCUGGAGAGGAUUACAGCUGAGGAGUGCCGGGUCCAGGACCAGCCCCUAGGCAUGGCCUUUGUCACCUUCCGUGAGAAGUCCAUGGCUACUUUCAUCCUGAAAGACUUCAACGCCUGCAAGUGCCAGGGCCUCUGGUGCAAAGGUGAGCCCCAGCCGUCCUCCUAUAGCAGAGAGCUCUGUGUCUCCAAGUGGACUGUCAGCUUCGCCUCGUACCCUGAGGACAUCUGCUGGAAGAACCUCUCCAUCCAGGGUGUCCGCUGGUGGCUCCAGUGGCUGGGCGUCAACUUCAUUCUGUUUGUGGUGCUGUUUUUCCUGACCACACCCUCCAUCAUUAUUUCUACCAUGGACAAGUUUAAUGUCACCAAACCCAUCCAUGCGCUCAAUAACCCUGUCAUCAGCCAGUUUUUCCCCACCCUCCUGCUCUGGUCCUUCUCGGCCCUGCUGCCAUCUGUGGUCUACUACUCCACGUUGCUGGAGUCUCACUGGACGAGGUCGGGAGAAAACCAGAUCAUGGUGUCAAAGGUCUACAUAUUCUUGAUCUUCAUGGUACUGAUCCUGCCCUCCCUCGGCCUGACGAGCCUGGACUUCUUCUUCCGGUGGCUCUUCGACAAAACUUCCUCAGAUGGCUCCAUCAGGCUAGAGUGUGUCUUCCUGCCAGACCAGGGCGCCUUCUUUGUGAACUAUGUCAUCGCCUCAGCCUUCAUUGGCAGCGGCAUGGAGCUGCUGCGGCUGCCCGGCCUCAUCCUCUACACCUUCCGCAUGAUCAUGGCCAAGACAGCCGCUGACCGCAGGAAUGUUAAGCAGAACCAGGCCUUUGAGUACGAGUUUGGAGCCAUGUAUGCAUGGAUGCUGUGUGUCUUCACUGUCAUCAUGGCUUACAGCAUCACUUGCCCCAUUAUUGUGCCAUUUGGCCUCAUCUACAUCCUGCUCAAGCAUAUGGUGGACCGGCACAACCUGUACUUCGCUUACCUCCCGGCCAAGCUGGAGAAAAGGAUCCACUUUGCUGCUGUGAACCAGGCCCUGGCUGCCCCCAUCCUCUGCCUCUUCUGGCUUUUCUUUUUCUCCUUCCUCCGUCUGGGUCUGAAGGCCCCCGCCACUCUGUUCACCUUCCUGGUGGUGCUGCUCACCAUUCUGGCCUGCCUGCUCUACACCUGCUUUGGAUGCUUCAAGCACCUGAGUCCGUGGAACUACAAGACGGAAGAAUCAGCCGGUGACAAAGGAAGCGAAGCAGAGGUCCACGUGCCCCCACCGUUCACACCCUAUGUGCCUCGGAUUCUGAAUGGCUUGGCCUCUGAGAGGACGGCUUUAUCCCCGCAGCAGCAGCAGACCUACGGUGCCAUCCGUCACAUCAGUGGGACUCUUCCUGGGCAGCUCGUGGCUCAGAACCCUAGCGACAGUGUGGCCAGUAUCUACCAGGAAUCCUGAGAGCGGGCAAGCUGCUGGUCGGGCAGGCUCAGGGCACUCAGGAGGACUGAGCGACAGAAGGGAUUGGGGCCCAGAUAGGCUCUUGAGUUCUUUCCUGUUUUGAAGCUCCUGUCUUGUGAGAAGAAGGUAACUAGUGGGUCAUGGGGGCUCAGGUCCUUGGCUGAGGGUGUACCGUGUGGCUGCUGUCCCUAAGAGCCAUCUGCAGGCUGCUUUUCUGGUUCUAGCGUGGGGAACACCUGCGGCUCCCGCCCUCGUGUGGCCAUAUGAGGCUAUGCACAUUCCUUCCAUUCACUUGGCAAGGGCACGGCUCUGUAGGUGGGAUGAUGUUCUUGUGGUUUGUAGACAAGAUCACGUGUUGGAAUUUUGCCCGAGGCUAAUCAGAGUUGAAGACUAUCAGUUGAUGGGGAGGUGUGUCCAGGAAAGCCCAGGAACGAACACUGCUUAGCCUUCUGCAAGCUGAUACAUCGCUAAUGACCAGCGAAGCCCGCAGUAGCUGGGUCUGAGAUGGAGCUCAUGCGGGGUCCUACAAUGCUUCCCCAGCUUGCAGCCCCUUUUCAGGGAUCAGCGGACAGCAGCUGGGACCCAAAAGUAUCAUGUCCUUGCUGACAGCAGCAGGGCAUCAGGCUCCUACCCACUGGCUGUGUAAUCACCUCUGCACCUGCUGUGCCUCUGAGAUCCUGUGACUGGGGUCACCCCGCAGUAGGCAGGGACAUUGAGAACCGCUAAUAAAGUGCCCAUUGGGCUGGUGGUAGGA